GGACUGCGUCGUGAACUUCUGUGAACUAAAACGGCCCAAAGGAAAACCAGUUAUUAGUCAACUUUCAUUCAAAGCAGACGUUAACAGCGCUCGGAGCGGAUCGAGACGCGGUAAAGGAGUCAACGACCGACUACUGUGAUUUUUCUUAACAACUACAAUGCAUAAUCACUUGUGUUUUUUUUUACUGUAAUAUGAAAUCAUAUUUAUUAUGCUAUGGAAAAUAUAUGGCAUGUGAAUGAAGAGUGAAAAUAUAUAAGUGAAGCUCAAACUAUAUGCAUGUUUUACCUAUGCUUGUGUAUUUCCAAAGAAAAAUUAAUAAUUGCCUAGUGUAUGCAUAAAUUAUUCGCUGUUUAUGCCACAAAAACAACUGUGUAGCCCCGAGCUAAUGAACAUGAGCAAAAACUUAAGGAGCAGGAACCACAUCGUCAACAUCGGCUACGUCGCCAGCUGCCACCAGCGAACAAUGUUGAGUCGCAAGUCAUUGUUCAGAGUUUUGAGAGGAGCGACGGUGACGACUUUUUCGCAUCCAAUGCCCCUCAUUAUACUGCUGACGUUGUGCACAGCUGGAAAUUGCCAAAUUUGCGGUCCUCCGGCGGUGCCGCUAAAUUCCAAAGUACGAACAGUACUGGGAAAUUCUGGAAUUACAGAAGCUCUUUACGAGUGCGAUACCGGUUACGAGCUGUUUGGGCCUACUUCGAUCAAGUGUGACGAUCGGACGGGAUGGGAAAGAGAACUUCCCUUCUGCGGAGUUAAUGUGGCGUACAGAAAGCCUGUCAACCAGAGCUCCUACACUCGCAGUGGUCCUGCGAGCUACGCCAAUGACGGCAAGCCAGGCAACAAAAAUCCUGAUGGCCAAGAGUGCUCGGAGACCCAAAAGGAGCCGUCACCCUGGUGGCGUGUUGACCUUCUAACGCCGCAAACGGUGCAUGUUGUGCGGAUCACGACUCGCGGAUGCUGCGGACACCAGCCAUUGCAGGAUCUCGAGAUCCGUGUGGGCAAUAGCAGCGCUGACUUGCAGCGAAAUCCUUUGUGUGCCUGGUAUCCUGGAACCUUGGAUGAGGGCGUCGUGAAGACUUUUACGUGUGCCCGACCACUGGUCGGGCAAUUUGUGGUCAUUCAGUUGGUAGGGGUGGAGGGCAGUCUGAGCUUGUGCGAGGUAGAGACUUUUACUAAUGACGAGUUCUCCGUGGACCGCUGCCUGAGCCCCAAGCUCGGAGUAGACACUGUAGUGACAACGUUCUCCAAAACCUGCUACGACUUCCACAUUACAAAAGGAGAGAGUUUUGAUAGAGCUCAAGCCAUUUGCAGGCAAACUGGUGGCGACUUGGCUUACGAUUUCAGAGGCGCCACAAGACAGUAUAUACUGUCCGAAUUGGAGAGACGCAAGACUGAACUGAAGCCGCAGCUUGUCUGGAUUGGAGCCCAGAAGGAGCCUGGGAUUACGUCUCGGACCUGGAAAUGGGUGAACGGUGAAGUGGUGCAAAAGCCUACUUGGGGAAAGGACCAACCAAACAACUACAACGGAGAACAGAACUGUGUGGUGUUAGAUGGAGGUCGCAACUGGUUGUGGAACGAUGUCGGUUGCAACUUGGACUACUUGCACUUUAUCUGCCAGCACAUACCGUUUUCUUGCGGGUCGCCGGAUGUUAAGCAAAACACUACUGUCAUGGGCAAGAAAUUCACUCUGGGGGAGAAUAUAAAAUACGCCUGCCCCAAGGGCCACUCAUUGCUCGGUCAAGUGGAACGGACAUGCAGACGCGACGGAACUUGGAGUGGAUUGGCACCGACCUGCAAAUAUGUUGACUGUGGAGAGCUGCCCGAGCUGAAGUACGGAUCCAUUCACUUGUCGGAGGAACGUACCAGCUUCGGAGUGGUGGCUACGUAUAGCUGCCACGAAAACUACACGUUGAUUGGCAACGAAAACCGAACUUGCGACGUUGAUGGCUGGAGUGGCAAGCAGCCGGAAUGCCUGGUGGACUGGUGUCCAGACCCCCAGCCCAUUACUGGAGGCAACGUGAGUUUCAACGAGAAGCGAGCUGGGUCCACGGCCACCUACGAAUGUGAUCUGGGUUAUGUACUGGUUGGUGAGGCGAUUAUCUCUUGCGGACUGGGAGGUGAGUGGUCAAGCAAAACUCCGUCUUGCCGAUUUGUGGACUGUGGAGCCCCAGCACGUCCAGACCGAGGAACCUCCAUCCUUUUAAACGCCACCACGACUGUGGGGUCGGUGGUCAAGUACGAGUGCGACGAGGAUCACUGGCUCGACGGGCCGACGGAGCUUUAUUGCACCAGGGAUGGAAAGUGGUCAGGGGAAGCCCCUGUCUGUGAACUGGUCACAUGCGAAAUGCCUCCAGUGCCACCUGGCUCAUACGUCGUGGGCUAUGACUACAACGUCCACUCCAAGAUAAAGUAUACCUGCGACCCUGGACACAUCAUGCACGGUAUUCCGGAUCUAGAGUGCCUAGACAGCGGCGAAUGGAGUGCAGAAGCUCCCAUUUGCGAAUACAUUGAUUGCGGCCCGAUCUUACCCAUCCCAUAUGGCGGUCACAAAUAUGUGACCAACAGCACCUACGUGGGCUCCGAGGUGGUCUUUAGUUGCAGCCAGUCCCAUAAGCUCAGCGGCGUAGUGAAGCGUCAAUGCUUGGAGUCGGGUGUCUGGAGUGACGUCUCGCCGAAGUGCGAAGAAAUUCGCUGCCCGGAGCCUAAACUAGCAGCUCACAGUUUGCUCUCCGUAACCGGCAACGAUCGCAUGUAUGGUCGCACGCUUAUCCGCACCUCAGAAUCUUCUCAAAACACAGCUCAAACAUACAAAAUUAGUGCUCUGGCCAAGUAUCGCUGUGAACGUGGGUAUAAAAUGGUGGGCGAAGCUCUAGCCACUUGCAUGGACAAUGGUCAAUGGAGCGGCACAAUUCCGGAGUGUGUGUAUGUGGAAUGCGGGGCGCCGGAGAACAUCACCAACGGAAAAGCAAACUUGGCCAACAAUGCUACCUACUACGGAGCAGCAGUGCUUUAUGAAUGCGACAUAAACUUUAAACUCAAUGGAGUUUCUCGCCGCCUGUGUACGGAGCAUGGAAACUGGAGUCACGAGCCACCCGAGUGCCUUGAGGUUAUGUGCGACAUGCCCAAUAUCAAUGAGAAUUUGAUUGUCGAGGCUGGAACCCGAGCCGUGGGAUCUGUGGCCACCUUUAAGUGUGCCAAAGGCCGCAUCAUGGUCGGAAACGACACCCGCAUCUGCCAGAAGAAUGGAAAAUGGGCCGGAAAGAAUCCAACAUGUAGACCUGUCGAUUGCGGACGUCCACUAGCAAUCGAGAAUGGACGAGUAAUUGUGGUCAACGACUCUACCCUGUACGGAGGCACUGCGGAGUACCACUGUAUCCCGAACUAUAACCGGAUAGGUCAAUACCUUCGCAAGUGCACCGACGACGGGGCUUGGAGUGGCAAGCAGCCCCGAUGCGAAUUGGUCACCGUUGAGGGGCAGGAUAGCUCUAACUUGAGCACUGGAGUUGGCAUUGGAGCCACUAUCAUUGUGGCGUUGCUGGUCUUGUUCGGUUUCAUAUUUCUCUACCGCAACAAAGCACGACCUGUGAAGAAUACGGAAAACGUGCAGGCGGCCGAGACAAAGGACGAGCGAAAUGCUGCCGUCAUGUCGUACUCCACGCUGGAAGCCAACAACCGGAUGCACAUGGACAACAACACCUCGAAUACAUUCAACACGUUCCAUGGUGUUGAUGGACGCGGCAAUAAUUCUACUUACCCAGCGGUUAGUGAUGAAAGACUGAACAACAACCGAUCCGAGAACAUCUACGAUCAGAUCCCAAGUGAACAAUUUUACGAUGCUCCCUACGAAAUGAGAACUAACGACGAGGUUUACGAACCGGAACCAGUGGCUAGCAACGUCAUUACCAUCAACGGGAUUUCCGUUAGAUAGAGUUCCAUUGGGAACGGUCUCCUAUAAGACUAUCGAGUAUAUCAUGAGUUAUGAGACUCCAACGAAUGAUUAAAAAAUUCGACAGAGCUUUUGGUGCCGGACUUAGCUCAUCAAAUUAGGUACCUACAAGAGUUCAUCCUUAUAUUUCUGAUCUGCACAGUUUGAAAAAUAUGUAACUGAUCUAAUGAAAAAUAUUCAGAUGUUUCUGAUAUUUAAAAUAUUUUUUUCUUAUUUUUUAAAAAGUCCUAAGAAAACUGGCUCUGGUUUUUAGUUGUUAAUAUUUCUUGACGAACUCCUUUAUAUGUGGUCCUUUACUACCACUAAUUAAUGACGAUAUGGCGAUGACAAUCACUUAUGUACUAUAGUAAAUAACCUUAUUAAUAAAAAAAAAAAGGCUUUCAUUUUUGUUUGAACUUAAUUCAACUUUUAAUUGUCAUGAAUUGAUGCGCAAGGGCCUGCUACCUGAUAAAAAUUAUUCAAGUUUAGUCUUUUGUUAACCCUAGUUUUGUACGAUUAAGUGUAUAUAGCAAUUUUUUAAGGAAGGAUGUUAGAUACUCGUAGUUCUGCUUUUGUAUGCACUGUAGCCCUGUAAAGAUAGGACCAUAUAUAAUCGCUUCAUGUACCUAACAAGUAUGUACUUUAACCCAUACGUGAAAUCGACUGCAAAGCGAAAUCAAUAAAAAUUCUGCCAAAUACAUAUGUAUUACAGCUCAACGUGUCCCUAAUACACAUUCGAGCCUUUUAGUAUCAUUAAAUUAUUUGAACCCUAUAGAAAGUUAUUCAAAGUCCAUCAAAUUUUGUUAUGCUAUGUUUAAGAGUUCGCCAGUUGUAAAAAAGGUAAUCUUACUGU